UUCAAUCCGCCACCUGCAAUAGGAGUACGCUUAAAAGGCAGCCCUGCCCUGUCACUGCAUUUAAGCAUCUCAAUCAAGCCCGUUUUACAGCUGCAUCUCUUCCCAGAGCAUUGUGCAGCUACAUUUGCAUUGAUCCUGAAGCUUUUGUGACUUUAACAACAUUUUGGACCAGAUAGUUGAACUACACUUUGUUUACAUUCGAAUUACUGGACAUUUCAAACGAUUUAGAUGAUGAUUCCACCGGGAGAGUGUCUGUACGCUGGUCGAAAGAGAAGGAAACCCGUCCAAAAACAAAGCUCCCCAAACAAACAGAAACUCAGAUGACAUUCCCCUGCUUCUCAAUUCACCCCCAUCCUGUCCUGCGAUUGGAUCCCUGCAGAAAGCAGUCCGUGGCGAGCGUGAAGACCAACCCGUCGAAGAGGCACCGUGACCGGCUGAACGCGGAGCUGGACCGGUUGGCCAGCAUGCUGCCCUUCAGCCCCGACGUCAUCUCCAAGCUGGACAAGCUUUCGGUGCUACGCCUGGCCGUGUCCUACCUCAAGGUCAAAAGCUUCUUCCAAGUCAUCCAGGAGAAGCCGAGCCAGGGGCUCAGGUCGGAGUGGCCCCCAGGUCACACACCGCCAGCCGGGCCACCCCCGCACCCCCACGGCCGCGGCCUCCGCGGCCCUCCCCUGGCCCCCGGCCCCCUGCUGGCCCCCGGCCCCCUGCUGGCCCCCGGCCCCCUGCUGGCCCCCGGCCCCGUGGAGAGCGACUUGCUGCUGGAGUGUCUGACCGGCUUCGCCCUGGUCAUCACCAGUGACGGGCUCAUCUUCUACGCCUCCGCCAGCAUCGUGGACUACCUGGGCUUCCACCAGACGGACGUGAUGCACCAGAAAGUGUUUGACUACAUCCACGUGGAGGAGCGCCAGGAGCUCCGCCGGCAGCUCCACUGGGCCAUGAGUCCGCCCGCCUCCCAGAGCUCCUCCCUCCAGCAGGCCGGAGAGCCCGGAGCAACAGAUGGGUGCAAUGCACUGGACAUCUCUACUCUGACUGACACAGGGGAGGAGUUCCUGGUGGGCAGUCUGUUCAGCGUCAAGGAGCCCGACGGCGUUCCGUCAGAACUGACGUCCUUCCUGACUCGCUGCUUCAUCGCCCGCGUCCGCUGUCUCCUGGACAGCACCUCCGGCUUCCUGAGCAUGCAGUUCCAGGGCAGCCUGCGCUUCCUGCAGGGCCAGAAGAGGAGGACGGAGUCCGGGGCUCUGCUGCCGCCCCAGCUGGCUCUGUUCUGCGUGGCCGUGCCCCUGGCCGCGCCCUCGGGCACGGAGCUCCGGCUGAAGGGCGUGGCCGGCCGCAGCAAGUCCAAGGGGCCCGCGGGCGACAGCCCGGACAGCAGCGACAGGAAGCCGCCCUCCUCGCGGGGAUCAGGUGACAGCAGCGACUUCCUGCUCCCCAACUGGAGCGCCGGCCCCCCGGGGCCCCGGGCCGAGCCGUGCCCCCGCCACAGCGCCUGGUCGCCGCCCCCCCGAGCCCCCGGCCUGCGGUGCCGCGGCGGGGGGCUCUACCCCCAGGAGGAGCCCCUCGACUUCUGCCUGUCCUCCCCGGGGGGCGGGCCCAAAGCCCCGCCUCCCGGGGACCCCCUCCCCUACUGGGACCCCGCCCGGGGCCAGCAGGGUAGGUACCCCGCCCCCCCCCAGGGCAGGCAGGGCUGUGGGGUCCGGGGGGGCUCCAACGGGGGGUGCACACAGCGGGGGGUCCCCGACCCCGCGGAGAGGUACGGCGGGGGGGUGGCGGGCCGGGGGGGGCUCGACGUCUUCGGCGGCCUGCUGCUGCCCGAGCCCCCCGCCGUCAAGACGGAGGAGGAGGAGGGGGACCCGGGGGGGCGCGGCGACCGGCGGCCGUACGGCGACGCGUGGGAGAAGCAGCACUACGUCGCCUCGGCCUCCCUGUACCCCGAGCACCCCCACCCCCACCCCCACCAGGUCAAGACCGAGGAGGACUUCUAUGACCCCUACAGCCCCUGCCAGAGGGCCAAGGGCGGCAGCGGGGCCCCCGCCCUCAGCCCCCCCUCCGGCGGACCCCUCAACGGGCAUCACAAGUACCUGUACGCCGCCGCCGUGACCCGGCUCUCCUCCAGGUCCCUGUACGCCAACAAGGGCCCGGCGCUGUUCGGCCCCCCGCCCCCCGCUGACCCCUUCUCCGGCCCGGGGCCGUCGCCGGGGGGCGGGGCCUACCCGGGGGCCGACGGCUACGGCGGGGCGGAGCCAAAGGACUACGGGGGCCGGGUGAGCGAGGCGGACAAGCUGGAGUACCUGGAGUUCAGGGGGGGGGGGCUGGCGGCCAUCAAGAGGGAGCCGCUGGACUCGCCCCCCUGGUCGGACGGGGGCCAGAGGGGGGACGGGGGCCAGAGGGGGGACGGGGGCCAGAGGGGGGACGGGGGCCAGCUGGCCUUCUGUGGCCUCAACGCUCUGGGGAGGAUACCACACCAGUACAUCUACAUGCAGUAGGCGCCGUCACGCAGACUGUGCCCCCCCCUCUCCCCCCCCCCCC